AUGGCAGAAGCCGAGGCAAAGACAGCCAAACUUGAGCGUGCCAAGAAGCAGAUAGCCGAGCUACAGUUCGAGAACGGUCUCUUGACCGGACUUGUUAGCUCGGCUGAAGCUGAAAAACAAAAAAUUGCUGUAAUGGUGAAAGAUAAAUACUUGCGCGAGUUGGCCAAACUCGAAGGCAAAAAAGACGCUGAAAUAGCCGAUCUGAAGAAGAAGAUCAGUGAUGCCAAUGCCCAAGGUUUCAAAGAGGCGGAGGGCCUCUACAUUCCGCAGUGCGAGGGGGCGAAGGACUUAUUCUUCAAUUUGAGUCCUCAUCAACCAAUGUCUGCGUCAUUGGUGUUCACAACUGAAGCCAUGAAGUUGUUGGAGGAAGAGCAGUUUCUUCAGUUGAAUAAGAAAGAAAAGGACCCGUUGAAACCGAAACAACCCAUGUCUGCGUUUUUCAUGUUCAGAAAUGAGCGAAGAGCAAAGAGCAAGAGUGGCUGGGAGAUUGCAAAAGAAAACAUGGAAAAUUUGAGUCCUCAUCAACCAAUGUCUGCGUCUUUGGCAUUCACAACUGAAGCCAUUAAGUUGUUAGAGAAAGAGCAGUUUCUUCUGUUGAAUAAGAAAGAAAAGGACCCGUUGAAACCGAAGCAACCCAUGUCUGUGUUUUUCAUGUUCAGAAAUGAGCGAAGAGCGGAGAGCAAGAGUGGCUGGAAGAUUGCAAAAGAAAACAUGGAAAAGUAUUUGGAAGAAAUAGAAUUACCAUAUAAAAUU